AUGACAGCAAAAUGUUCAUCAAAGCACUCUUGUCGUGACUGCAAAAAAAAACGACAUCACACGGUUCUACACAUUGACAUCCCGAAACCGAGUGAUGAUACAUGCAAAAAUACUGAUGUUCAGUCUACCGAAACCGGCAAAGCUUCGACAAAUACGAGCAACGUAGUAACCCUUAACUGCGCCACAAGUACUAACGAACAAGAAGCAGUGCUGCUAUCAACAGCGAUCGUGAACAUACUCGAUGUACAUGGACAGAGCAAGCUGUGCCGUGUUUUACUUGAUUCCGGAUCGCAGCUGCACCUGAUUACUGAGGCAAUGGCUAGUCUCCUUGGUAUUAGUCGAAAUCGAUGUUCCACCAGUGUCGUCGGUAUCAACGGCAAGGAAACGCCUGUCAAACACAUGUUAGCUGUUCAGUUUGGCUCGCGUAUCAACGGAUAUAUACAACAAAUCGAAUGUCUCGUCGUUCCUCGGAUUGCUAACAUUCUUCCAGCAAGCAAGCUCAACGUAUCCGACUGGAUUAUUCCGGAUGGAGUUUUGUUAGCAGAUCCAAACUUUUACAAGCCCCAGCGCAUCGAUCUCCUAAUUGGUGCUCAACUGUUUUUCCACAUACUGAGGACUGGGCAAAUACAGCUCGGCGAUAAAUUACCGGUCCUUCAAGAGACGACACUUGGAUGGGUAGUUUCGGGUGCUGUUACCGGACGUUCACCAUACCGUCAAUACAAAGGCUGCCACACAGCACUUUCUGAUCCUGAUCAUCAACUCGAACAGUUAAUCCAACGUUUCUGGGAGUUGGAAGAAGUUCCACUAGCAACGAAGCUGUCGAGUGAAGAGGAGUUAUGUGAACAACAUUACCAACAAACAACGACCCGGGACGUCUCCGGCCGAUCUGUGGUCAGAUUACCCUUCCGUAACACCACUGACAAGCUUGGCGACUCACGCCAGCAGGCGCUCCAAAGGUUUGGACACCUUGAAAGACGCCUGGCAACCAAUUCGGAGCUGAAAGAACAAUAUGAUUUCUUUAUGGAGGAAUACAUACGGCUCAACCACUGUAAGGAAACGCCUUAA